ACUUAGCCUGGGUAUUAAUUUGUCUUCUACAGAAUAGAUUUAGUAUCCAUUCUUCUGCAAUGGCUAAUCCAUGCAGAAAACUGCUAUUUAAUAUUUACAUGGGAUUUUACUGCUCAAUCAUCAUGCCCAAAAUGUGCAUUUGUUCUCAGUUUUCAAUGUCAUCUACUGAUCCAUUCAAUAAGGACCCUAGGGCUUUCCCCAUAGCCACCAAUGGGGAACCGUUUCCUUGGAACAAGCUGAGGCUCCCCAGCAUGAUAAUUCCCCUCCACUAUGACCUUUUGGUUCAUCCAAAUCUCACCUCGUUGGACUUCGUUGGUUUUGAGAAGAUUGAAGUCUUGGUCAGAGAUGCCACUCAAUUUAUCAUCUUGCACAGCAAAGACCUUGAAGUCAUGAAUGUCAUCCUUCAAUCAGAGGAAGAUUUGAGAUACAGGAAACCAGGAAAAAAGCUGAACGUUUUGAGUUAUCCUGCUCAUCAACAAAUUGCACUGUUGGUUCCAGAGAAACUAAUGGCUGAUUUGAGAUACUCUGUGGCUAUCAACUUCCAGGCCAAGUUAGCCAAUGGUUUUGAAGGGUUUUAUAGAAGCACAUACAGAACUCGUGGUGGUAAAACAAGAAUAAUUGCAGUAACAGAUUUUGAGCCAACUGAAGCCCGGAUGGCUUUCCCUUGCUUUGAUGAACCAUUGUUUAAAGCCAACUUUUCCAUCAAGAUAAGAAGAGAAAGUGGACACAUUGCACUCUCCAACAUGCCAAAGGUUAAGACAAUUGAACUUGAAGGAGGCCUCUUAGAAGAUCAUUUUGAAACUACGGUAAAAAUGAGUACAUACCUUGUAGCUUAUAUAGUUUGUGAUUUCAACUCUGUGAGUGGCACCACCUCCUCAGGCGUCAAGGUGUCCGUCUAUGCAUCCCCAGAUAAAUGGAGUCAAACACAUUAUGCUUUGGAAGCAUCAUUAAAGCUACUUGAUUUUUAUGAAAAUUACUUUGAUAUCAACUAUCCACUCCCCAAACUGGAUCUAAUUGCCAUUCCUGACUUUGAGUCUGGAGCCAUGGAAAAUUGGGGCCUCAUCACAUAUGAAGAGACAUCACUGCUCUUUGAUACUAAGACUUCUUCUGCUUCUGAUCAACUAUGGGUCACCAAAGUCAUAGCCCAUGAACUAGCACACCAGUGGUUUGGCAACCUGGUUACAAUGGAAUGGUGGAAUGAUAUUUGGCUCAAUGAAGGUUUUGCAACAUACAUGGAACUCAUCUCUGUUAAUGCCACAUAUCCAGAGCUACAAUCUGAUGAUGCUUUUUUGGAUGUGUGUUUUGCAGUAAUUAAAAAAGAUUCAUUAAAUUCAUCCCGUCCUAUCUCCAAUCAAGCAGAAACUCCUACUCAGAUAGCGGAAAUGUUUGAUGCAGUUUCCUAUAACAAGGGAGCUUGUAUUUUGAAUAUGCUCAAGGAUUUUCUGAAUGAGGAGAAAUUCCACAAAGGAAUUAUUUACUACUUAAAGAGGUUCAGUUAUGGAAAUGCUAAAAAUGAUGAUUUGUGGAGCAGUCUGUCAAAUAGCUGUCUAGGUGAUUUUACAUCUGGUGAAUUUUGUUAUUCUGAUUCCAAGAUGACAAGCAAUACAGUAACUCGCCUUCCUGGGGAAAACGUGGAGGUCAAGGAGAUGAUGACGACGUGGACUCAGCAGAAAGGAAUCGCCCUGGUGGUGGUUACACGAGAAGGGCGUUCCCUCAGGCUGCAGCAGGAGCGCUUCCUGAGCGGUGUUUUCAAAGAGGACCCUGAAUGGAGGGCCCUGCAGGAGAGGUACCUCUGGCAUAUUCCACUGACCUACUCCACGAGUUCCUCUAAUGUGAUCCAUAGACAUGUUCUAAAAUCAAGGACAGAUACUCUGGAAUUAUCUGAAAAUACCAGUUGGGUGAAAUUCAAUGUGGACUCAAAUGGCUACUACAUUGUCCACUAUGAGGGGCACGGAUGGGACCAACUUAUUACACAGCUGAAUCAGAACCACACACUUCUCAGACCUAAGGACAGACUAGGUCUGAUUCAUGAUGCAUUUCAGCUAGUAAGUGCAGGAAGGUUGACCCUAGACAAAGCCCUUGACCUGACUCGCUAUCUCCAACAUGAAGCAAGCAUCCCCGCACUUCUCAAAGGUCUGGAAUACUUAGAAUUGUUUUACCACAUGAUGGACAGAAAGAAUGUUUCAGAUGUCACGGAAAACCUCAAGCAUUACAUUCUCCGAUAUUUUAAGCCAGUGAUUGACACGCAAAGCUGGAGUGACAAGGGCUCUGUCUGGGACAGGAUGCUUCGAUCAACCAUCUUAAAACUGGCCUGUUACCUGAACCAUGCUCCUUGCAUCCAGAAGGCAACUGAACUCUUCUCUCAGUGGAUGGAAUCCAGUGGAAAAUUAAACAUUCCAUCAGAUGUUUUAAAGGUUGUGUAUUCUGUGGGUGCUCAGACAACAGUAGGAUGGAAUUACCUUUUAGAGCAAUAUGGACUGUCCAUGUCAGGUGCUGAAAAAAAGAAAAUUCUGUAUGCAUUGUCAACCAGCAAACAUCAGGAAAAGUUAAUGAAAUUAAUUGAACUAGGAAUGGAAGGAGAAGUCAUCAAGACACAGGAGUUGUCCCUUCUUCUUUAUGCGAUCGCCAGAAAUCCGAAGGGGCAGCAAUUAUCCUGGAAUUUUUUAAGAGAAAAUUGGACCCAUCUCCUAAAAAAAUUUGACUUGGGCUCAUAUGCCAUGAGAAUGAUCAUCUCUGGCACAACAUCUCACUUCUCUUCCAAGGAUGAGUUGCAAGAGGUGAAACUGUUCUUUGAAUCCCUUAAGGCCCAAGGAUUACAUCUGGAUAUUUUUCAAAUUAUUUUGGAAACUAUAUCCAAAAAUAUUAAGUGGCUGGAGAAGAAUCUUCCCACUCUGAGGACUUGGCUACUGGUUAGUUCUUAAAUGGUCAGUAGAAAGAGCACAUCACAUGUGGGCAUGAAGUCAAUAAAGCUCAAGUCAAAGUCCUGGAUAUUUUGUCCAAACCAUUAAGAAGCCUCAAGAAACCAGCCACUGCAGCUGCCUGCUCUCAGCUGUUGUCUCUAGCUGACAGAUGUAUGAUGUUGAGGUGGGGGAAGUCCAGUUCAGUAGCCUAUUUAAAUGUAAACUUCCUGAAUAAUGAAGAUACGUGAAGAUGUGAAUGUAGGUAUAUGGACAUAGCUGUAAUAGAUUAGCCACAUCGUAUACUAUCCACAUGGCCUUACAGCAUGCUACUUUUUUGCUUUUUUGAUGCUUUUUUCUAACCUUGCUUAGUAUCCUGGAGUUUGCCCAGCCAGUUUUACCUUUAAGGAAACACAGCCAAUUCUUUUAAAAAAAAUCUUUCAUUUGCAUCCUUUCAUCUCCUCCCUUUCUGCUUCCUUCAUCUCAGCCUGAAUAGUUCAUUUAAUUUUUACCAUUCAUGGAAAAUCUGAAUCAAAUUAUGAAGUAUAAGGUUCAGGAAAACAGAGAGUUUUUCACCAAAUCUCAGAUUAUUAGAAACUCGGUGUCAGGGUUUACCCACAAAGCAAGGAGGGCUGCUUGGCUUGAGCCUCACAUUCAUUAAGAGCCUCAAGGAUAGCCUUCUGAGGUCAUCUCCACAGGCAGUAAAAUCUGCAGGCACAGAGGUAGAGGAGAGGAUGAUGAUACCUCAACUACUUUAAACUGUACACUAUCGCAUUUUAAAUAUAUCUUUUGAAAAUUGCAAAAUCAGAUUAUAUUGUGUAUGUUUCUGGUUAACUCAUGGCUAAUGUAAAUAUUUAAAUGAAUCAUCGUAUUUUAUAACCCAGUUUUAGCGUUUCUUCAUAUUUUUUAGGGAAACUCCUGAUCUCUGAAACACUUUUCCAGAUGCUUCUCUUACUUGUUUUAUUAAUAAGCUAUUUGGAAUGAAUAAAGAAACCACCACUCUUAAAAAUUUUUUUUUUUUAAGAUUUUAUUUAUUUGCGAGAGAGAGAGUGAGAGACAGAGAGCAUGAGAGGGAGGAGGGUCAGAGGGAGAGGCAGACUCCCUGCUGAGCAGGGAGCCUGAUGUGGGACUCGAUCCCGGGACUCCGGGAUCAUGACCUGAACCGAAGGCAGUCACUUAACCAACUGAGCCACCCAGGCACCCCAAAACCACCACUCUUAAAUAUCAGGAUGUAAAUUUAAUAAAUUCAUGUGCUCACAUAUAAAUCAGUAUGAAGAUAUGAACAUGUUCUAGAAAAAUUUGAAUCAAUACACAGCUGAUUAACUUAUCUGGGCUAUUAAGGGAAGGUGGGAUAUUGGGGCAGGGGCAAGGUGGGCAGGGUGUUAACCAAUCCAUUUUGGAGUGAUAUCUUGAAGGUUUACAGAUUUUUCUCUGGUGACACAGUCAGAGACAGGGUACAGUUUGGAUGGACCCUGGACCUGACCUAAUACACAUUUUGUUAAGUUUGUUUUCAAAUCAUUUCUUGGAAUCUUUGAAGCAUCUUUGACUCUAGAUUUGACUUGGUUGUGGUCCUACCAAGGUCUGUGUAACAUGUGAUAUCCCUCUGGAAUUAUAGGUACUUUCAAAUAAAGAAACUGAAAGAGUAAAGAGUGUUAUUUUUUCCACCAAGAUAAUGUGUAAUUUAAGCAGAAGAAUGUGUGUGAGUUUUGGAA